AUGGCCUUCCUCCUUCCUCCAUCGUUAAUGGCCCUCAUUGAUGCGUCUCUGGCAUACGCAAAUACCGACAAUAAUGCCCUAGCUACGGCCCGUUUCUCACACGCUGGCUACUUUCACCCGCCGCGCGCUGCGACAGCCAACCCCGAUGCCAGAGCUGCGGAACACGAUCAGUUCGACCUGCUGGACAUUGUGCUCGUCGCAGGCGUCGAUGGCAAAUUCCAUGCCUUCAAUAGAUCCAGCGGCCAGGCUGUCUGGUCGAUGACUUCGCAGCCUGCUUCCAAUUCCACUGUCUCCAGUCUGGCGCCUCUGAUCCGCACCGCAAAUCCCAACGAUUCUCUGGAGCAAGACGAGGACUACUACCAGGAAAUGUACGUUAUUGAACCACAGUCCGGGGAAAUAUUCGUGCUGCCCUCCCCCUCGGCGCCGUUGCAACAGUUUCCAUACACGAUGCAGCAGCUCGUUGACAUGUCGCCGUUCUCGUUUCACGGCGAGUCGGAGCGACGUUUCUUCAUCGGAAAGAAAGAGACUUCCUUGCUGGCGCUGGAGCUCGAGACGGGUCGGGUGAGGCAGAUAGACGGGGAGUGUCCGUGGGACCCAGACCCGUGGAAGCAGAGCGAGACGGAAGUAGACUUGGACGAACUGGAGGACUUGGAUUCUGCUGGAAACACUCAGCCGCAGGUUACGGAGGUCCUCAUUGGCAGAACAGACUACCAUAUCUCCAUUCAUGCACACCCGAGUCCGUCUUCACCCCACCACCGACCAAAACCCAUCCAAAAGCUCACAUUCUCUACCUAUGGCCCCAACAACCAAGACCACGCAUUGCAGGCAUCGUAUAGAAGGCCAAAGGAUGACCGAUACAUCCAAAGCAUGCCUGGAGGGGAAAUCAUAUCGCUUCGCUUGAAAGCAGAGGAUGGGGAAACGCAGGCUGGAUCGGCGGGAUGGGGGCAUAAAUUCACCGAACCUAUCGUAGCCGUGUUCGACAUACUACGGCGUCAGGACUCCGAUAGUGCUUUUGCUCUGCUGCAACCACGGCCUCGUCUAGCCGACGUUCUAGCUUUCCAUAACUUUGCUUCUCCAUCCUCGACUGCUGGCAGUUCACGCGACGGGCUACCGCAAGCACUUCUAGAUGCCCUGCCCAACCUCAACUCUGCGUUCGUUGGUGCUAUCCGCGAGUCUGGCAGCCUCUAUGCUAUGAGUCCAGACCGCUUCCCAUUGGUGGCUUUUGGUACCAGCAACCGUGCCGAACAUGGCUACUACCUGGAUGCGCCUUCUGUCAGUGAUCCACCUUUGCCGGCAAUUGAUGACGAGAUCCCUCUUGAAGUUGACGCGAUCACCCGCGCCCGCAAGCUUCGUGAACAGCUGGAUCGCGAGCGACAGCGGUGCUAUGCCGCAGACCCGUCUUCUGACCAAGGCAGGCUUGUUCUGGAUCCUUCUUGUCUCACGGGUGUACGGAGACUCGAGAGUGGAUCGACGGACCGCGCGAGGCGACUUCUUGACGGCGUCCCCGGCGUCGAACCCCAGCCCGGCGCGCCAAAUGAACUCCCACACAACGUAGAGCUCAUAGAAGGUGCGGGCCCUGAUGAUAGUCACGGAGGGGCCCCUAGGAAUAAUGCGACUGGGGGAUCGUGGUGGAUAUGGCGUUCUGGGAGGUACUGGAGCGGGAAUGCCGGCCCCCUUGGUCUAGGGGUCCCUUCGCGCGAGGGCUUGAACUCAUCGGCGGCGUCUCGUGGUAUUUUCGGUGCGGGGGGCGCGGGGUUGGGUUUUGGGCUGGGAUAUGCCGACUUUUUAUUCACUAUUUUGGUAGGAGCGGUCGGUAUGAUAGGUGUGUGGAUGCGUUACGUCAAAGGCAAACGGCCGCGGGAACACUCGAGAAAAGCCAAGGACCAUGGUCGCUUUCAGGAAGUUACCCCGGACACCAUCUCGGGUGGUACUUCGACCCCCUCAUCAGGUUCAGCCAGUGCACCUGACCCGUCUAACCUUGUGACUGCUCACCCCAACUCCCGGGAUCUUGAACCCACAUUAUCACCUCUACAGCUUUCCCAUUCUGAUGCAGGUCCUGCAAAAGAACCUAUCAUCAAUCCAGCUGUCCAACUAAACGGGAACGGGAACGGGAACGGCUCUCGUCUAGACCCCAAAAUAACGUUAGAUGACGCAGACGAGAGCGACAAGGAUGGCGAUGGGGAUAUGGACAACGACAACGACGGCGACGUGACUCCCGCUACACCUGGCAGACGGAAAGGCAUACGUAGGAAACGUGGAAAGAAGAAAAAGGUGAAUGUUGUGCUGCCGGCGUCUGAUUCGUCCAAGGAGGAAGUCAUCAAGCAGGACGGUGCAGAGGAGAAGGCACCGCAGUCUGGCAUUGUUAUGGAACGGGCAAGAAAGGAGAGUUCUAGCGGCCCAUCGCUUACCGUAUCUGACACAGUCCUUGGUUUCGGCUCCCACGGUACCGUCGUGUUCCGCGGUUCACUGCAAGGACGUGCUGUUGCUGUGAAGCGCCUCCUCAUCGAUUUUGUCACUCUUGCUUCCCGUGAAGUCUCCAUAUUGCAGGAAUCCGAUGACCAUCCCAACGUCAUCAGAUACUACUAUCAGGAAGCCAGCGGCGGCUUCCUCUACAUCGCCCUUGAGCUAUGCCCCGCCUCUCUUGCCGAUAUCAUAGAGGCCCCGGAUCGAGAACAAUGGCAAGAAAUUGCUGUGUCCUUCGAUCCAAAACGCGCGCUCAAACAAAUCACCAGUGGACUCAGGCAUCUGCAUGCGCUGAAACUGGUUCAUCGGGAUAUCAAACCCCAGAAUAUCCUCGUCUCCGCAGCCAAGGGAGGCCAGGCCUCGAGCGUACGAGGAGGGAAGUGGCGGAUGCUGAUUUCGGAUUUCGGACUGUGCAAAAAGCUGGAUAUGGACCAGACGAGCUUCCUUCCCACUGCGCAUGGGGCAAUGGCGGCGGGUACUGUUGGCUGGCGUGCCCCAGAGAUUCUGAGGGGCGAGGUGAGACUGGAUGAGUCUGCUACAGAUGAUCAAUCUAUGUCUUCUCGCGGCUCGGUAGCAACGCCGACGUCCUCCUAUAGCGGAACAACACCCAGCUCACAUGGGAAGCCGACACGACUCACCAAAUCGGUGGACAUCUUUGCAUUAGGGUGUUUGUACUACUAUACGCUCACUAGUGGUGGACACCCUUAUGGCGAUCGCUUCGAACGCGAAGUCAACAUCAUGAAGAAUGCUAAAUGCUUAGAAGGACUUGAGCGGUUUGGAGAAGAAGGCGCCGAAGCUAUUGACCUUAUCGAGAAGAUGCUCGACCCUGAAGCUAAAAACAGGCCUGAUACAACGACUUGCCUUCUGCACCCAUUCUUCUGGGAUCCAGGGCGCCGCCUCACAUUCCUCCAGGAUGCUUCUGAUAGAUUCGAAAUCAUGUGUCGUGAUCCCAAGGAGCCAGCAUUGCUUACGCUGGAAACCAACGCAUCCAGCGUCGUGGGGCUGGACUGGUUGUCUCGACUGGAUAAGCUCUUCAUCGAGAACCUGGGUAAGUUUAGAAAAUACGACGGCAAGUCGGUGCAAGACUUGCUCCGGGCACUGAGGAACAAGAAAAAUCACUACCAAGACCUACCUGACAAUGUAAAGAGGCACCUGGGACCCAUGCCGGAAGGUUUCCUAUCUUAUUUCACUCGACGGUAUCCGCGCUUGUUCCUCCACGUUCAUUCGGUGGUCGGGGAGACGGGGCUCAAUAAUGAAUCCAUGUUUCGGUCGUAUUACGAGUUGGCGGACCAGUAG